UUGACUUGAGCUCAGGCGUUAAGGACCUGCCGGAUGGCUUCCAGCAAUUGGCAGAAGCCCAGACAGAUGCUUUCUGCAAAUCACUCACACGAGCGCAACCGAGACUUCGUCCCCAAGGGUAAACGUGGGAGGCAAAGAGACCUUCCGCUGCGUAAAGCGACUCGACCCGGAAACAAAAUCUUUUUAAAACACUAUUCAGGCUCCGGCGGGCGGGAGGAAUUGACGUGUCGGGAAGACCGGGCGGCUUCGCAGGUUGCUAAGCAACGAGGCCGCGGAGCCCUUGCCAGUACGGGCCACCGGGCAGUACCUGAAAACCCAGCGACCACGACGCGCCCUGCCGGGUCUCUCUUCCCUCGCAGGGCACCCCGCCCCGGGCAGUGGCCGCUGACCAAGUGAGGCGGUGCAGGGACGCCCCGUCUGAGGUGGCCCGAGGCUGCGCAUCUUCCCCACUCCGGAGGCAGGACAGAGAUUCCUUCUGCCAUCAGAUGUCUUUCUGCUUGACUGAAUUGCACCUGUGGUCUUUGAAGAAUACCUUACACGUUGGGGAUAGAGACAUCGGGAUCUACCAGUAUUAUGACAAGAAAGAUCCACCAGUGACAGAACAUGGUGACUUAGAAGAAAAGCAGAAGUUGGCAGAGUCACGAGAUUAUCCAUGGAUACUCAAAAACAGACGCCCAGAAAAACUUCGAGACUCACUCAAGGAGUUGGAGGAGCUGAUGCAAAACAGUCAGUGUGUGCUGAGCAAAUGGAAGAACAAAUAUGUCUGUCAGCUCUUCUUUGGUUCAGGUGUGAUGGUGUCCCUAAGCCUUUCUGGACCACAGCUGGAGAAAGUUGUGAUUGACAGAAGCCUGGUGGGGAAGCUCAUCUCAGACACCAUCAGUGAUGCUCUUGUCACAGACAGCUUUAUCAUCUUAUCAUUUUUGACACAAAACAAACUGUGUUUUAUUCAGUUUACCAAGAAGAUGGGUUCUCCUGAUUUAAACAAAAGACUGGAAAAACUCUCAGCCUUGGAUUAUAAGAUUUCCUAUUGUGAAAUACCUGGCCCAGUCAACAAGACAACAGAGCGUCAUCUAGCUAUCAAUUGUGUUCAGGAUGCAGUUGUUUGCUGGUGGCCGCUAGUCAGUGACGAUGCUUGGCCUUGGGCUCCCAUUUCUUCUGAAAAAGACAGAGGCAAUCUGCUGCUCUUGGGUUACACUCAAGGAAGACUGGAGGUUCUGAAUUCUGUCCGCACAGAAUGGGAUCCACUGGAUGUUUGCUUUAGCACCAAACAGCCUCAUCAGGUGUUGACUGUGGAACAUUCCAUCAACAUUGACAAAGAGUCCAUGGCUGAUAGCUGCAUCUAUCAAUGUGUUCGGAACAAAAUCCAGUGUGUAUCAGUCACCAGAAUACCACUAAGAUCAAAGGCCAUUAGUUGCUGCAGGAAUGUUACUGAAGACAAACUAAUUCUGGGCUGUGAAGAUUCUUCAGUAAUUCUUUAUGAAACUCACCGUAGAGUGACUCUCUUAGCCCAGGCUGGACUUCGGCCUUCAUUAAUAAGCUGUCACCCAAGUGAUGCCAUCCUGCUAGUUGGCAGUAACCAAGGGGAGCUGCAAAUUUUUGAUAUGGCUCUAUCACCUAUUUACAUCCAGCUCUUGGCUGAAGAUCGCUCACCCAGGGAGAUUCUGCAGUUCAAUCAGUUCUUUGAUAUUUCCAGCAGUCUUGUUCAAAUGCAGUGGCUAGCUCCUCGGGUUGUUUCUCAGAAGCCUGAAAGUGAGGACAUCUAUGAUCUCCUCUUCCUUAGGUUUGACAGAGGACCUUUGGGUGUACUUUUGUUUAAACUUGGUAUCUUCACACGAGGCCAGCUGGGCCUGGUAGACCUUCUCUUCCAGUACAUUCACUGCAAUGAGAUCUCUGAGGCAAUAAGCAUCCUGAGCAGUAUGAACUGGGACACUCUGGGCCGCCAGUGCUUUAUCAGCAUGAGUGCCAUUGUAAACCAUCUUCUUAGACAAAAACUCACUCCAGAGAGAGAAGCACAGCUUGAGGCAAGCCUUGGAACCUUCUAUGCUCCAACAAGACCACUCCUGGAUACGACUGUUUUGGAAUAUAGAGACCCAAUCAGCAAAUAUGCAAGAAGAUUCUUCCACCACUUGCUCAGAUACCAGAGAUUUGAAAAGGCAUUUCUGUUAGCUGUUGACAUUGGCGCUCGUGACCUGUUUAUGGACAUCCAUUACCUUGCACUAGAUAAGGGUGAAUUGGCACUAGCUGAAGUGGCAAGAAAACGAGCUAACGACAUUGAUGCAGAAUCAAUAACCUCGGAAGUUGAACUGUUGGGGCCGUUAGACAAAGAGGAUAUGCUGAAUGAAGCUUUUGUUGGCUUAUCUUUAGCAGCUCAAGAAGACACAUUUCCAGAUAAACCCUCUCCCUUUUCUUCACUCCAUAGACCUACUGUCCAACAAAGAACCCUCAAUGUUUCUUCUAACAGACAAGCACUUGACAGAAGAAAUGAACUUGAAGAGGAUAUCUGUGCUGGAUCUUUGAUCUCUAAGACCUGUAAUGAAGAAGGUAAUAGUAUCCAAGAAGGAAGAAUGAAAGAGGACUGCAUAGGACAGGAAAUUGGAGAUGGUGAUUCUCUCAGAAUGGUCCAUUUCGGUUUGGUGUAAAUAAUAAGAAACUUUUUUUAACUUACAAAAGAAACCCACAUUUCACAUCUAAACUUUUUCAUGGCCUGAACCAGAUUAAAAUCUUGUAUGGAUUAAAAAGAGAAAAGACAGUAUGAAUUACUUAAGAGUUUUAAAUUCAGAAUAUUUUCAAUGUAAAGUUGUAUUAGCUUCAAAACCAUGCAGUAUAACGGCAAAGUCAUCCUAAGUAAAAGUCCCUAACUUAUUUUCAAUAAUGUAAAAUUUUGGAAGUUUCUUAAAUUGUACAUUAUAAGAUGCUCCAAAAGUAUUUUAAUUUAAACUUGGCUCUCUCAAGUACUUUAAAGAUUCCCUCUUGUGAUCUUGUUUACAUUAUUAGUUUGCAUUAUGAAUAAAGUCUUUAUUAAGCAAAAUUUUCAGCCCAGAUCCAUUUUUAGGAGACAAUUUCCCAAGGGUCUGUGGAAGUACUACUAUGAGGCACUGACUGCCCCUUGAAAUAUAGGUACUGUCUCCUCUGGGCAAAGGACAAGCAUUCUUGCUGCCUUUUAUAAA